ACAAGAUAAUGCAAGUGCUCCGUCAACUACCACAUCAACAUCAGCUCGCAUCUUCUCCGUCUUCUUCUUGUGAUAUCAAAUCUAUUUAUGCUUCGGAGAAAGUCCGUGAGGCGAUUCGUGAUCACGAGCAGACAAUCGCCACGUCAACAGCUCCUAAGCAUAAAGCAAAGGUAGUUGUACUUGGAGAUUCUGGUGUUGGAAAGACUUCAAUUAUCUAUCGUCAUCGAUAUGGAGCUCACUAUCGUCCAGUAAAUGCAACGAUUGGAGCUUCUUUUGUAUCUUUUGAUGUCGGAGCAGAUUAUCGCGAUCGUGAAGACGUGGUUCGCCUUCAAGUGUGGGAUACUGCUGGUCAGGAGAGGUUCCGAUGCAUGGUUCCGAUGUACAUGAGAAAUGCCGAUGCUGCUCUGAUUGUUUACGACGUAACUGAUAGAAACACUUUUGAGGAUGUUGAGAAGUGGCUGAAAGAUCUCGACAGAUCAAGUGGAACGGAGGAUGCAAAUGUUUACUUGAUUGGAAAUAAAACAGAUCUUGUUGAAAAGCGAGAAGUUACUGAAGCUGAAGGAAAAGCGAUGGCAGCAAAGAUCAAUGCAAAGUUUUUCGAAUUAUCCAAUGAUCAACCAAAUUUGUUCGCCGCAAUUCUAUCCGAACUUUCCGACGAUGUUCUCCAAUCCCGGCAAGAAUCCUCCGAAAAGAAAACCGAUCUUCAAUUAAUUCGAAAAGAAAAAGUUUCUCUUGGGGACGACAAGUUCGAAGACAAUCCGAAUAUUCAAUUAAAAAUUCAAAAAUCAAAGUGUUGUUCAAUGCUCUAGGUCUUAGAUCAGCUGUGUUUUUAACUCCAAAUAUCAAUUUUCUCUUCAUCAUUCCCUAUCUUGUCUUUCAUUUUCAAAAUGGUAUCAAUCUUAUUAUUUUCUCACUCUCGACUCCCGUGUAUUACCCUACUCUACUGGUCUUCAAAAACACAAAAAAAUCAUUAAAAAGUGUUCCACCGCAUGCGAAUUGUUAUCCCAUCCAAUACCUCAACCCAUUCAAAUAUCAAAAUCACGCUUAUCACCAAUCGUUUAUUGUUUUCAUCUUUCUUGUUACAAAUAUUAUUCAAUGUAUUGCUGAAUAGUAAAUAAAUAAAGAGUU